ACCACACGGAAGGUGAAGUUACUGAAAAGGAAGGUCUAGUACGAUUAGGGCUCGCGACCCGACUGGACUGCUCUGCUCCGCCCUCGGGGGGAGCCCCCAGCCAGCGCCUCACCCCGCCCGAGAGGGCCCCCGGCAGCUGGCCUGGGAGAGAGGCAGGCGGGGGCGGGGGCGGGGGGAGCUGGCCAACUUCGGGGAAGGCUAAGCCCUGUUCUCCUGAGAGCUACGGAGCCAGCUAGCGCCAGUCACGGACAGACAGAGGCGGAGGAGAGCCGAGCGGAGAGAGAGCGAGCUCGUGAAGCUCACUACUGCCGGUACAGGGUCGGGCCCGAGGCUGCAAGAGGAAGAAACCGAUCGUUUUCAUAUAUUUUUUAGCAACUCAAACUUUUCUUUCCUUUUUUUCUUUUUGGGGGCCGUCUUCACUCUUUAGCGCGGGUCCCUGGAGGGGACGAGACCUCGGAUUUCUCCGGAGCCGAAGCCGCUUCUAACUUUGCUCUCUGAACCUCCAGGACCAGGGAAGAAGAGUUGAGAAGCUCCGAGGACAGACCGAGGUGAAAAGCUGCCCCUCCCUGGAAGAAACCUCGGUACUAGUUCCAGAGAGACUGAAACGCCUCCUUCAUUCCCGCCACUCCGGGAGCGGAAAAACUGCGGGCCUUGGAGGCUUUUCGGUUUUGAAGAGGUGGGCUUGCCAGUGUCCAGCGGUCUCCUCCUCUGCUCGGGCGUGGAUGUUUUAGCUCAGCUGGGCUGGGACUAAAGCUAUCAGAUUAAUCUGUUUGGCACACGAGACACCUCUUUUCUCCCCUCCCUCUUUCCCCACAGGGAGGUAUCCCCUCUGGGAGUGGGGGAAGACCGCCAAGUUUGACGCUUUUUGAUCACCAAUUUAUCAGACGCUCAGCAGAAGGGGCCCACUGACCUGUCCCCUCCCACAGAAAGGGGAGGAGUCCUCCGCCUCCCCAAACUCCCAUUUCUUCGCACCCAGAGUGGAAGGGGCCGAGCUUUCCAUACUCCCUCUUCACUUCGUCCCUCCCCGCCAGCCCCCAGAGAUCUGCGGCUGAGGCUCGCUGUCUUUAGACCACUGCCGCCCCUGAGCCAGACUCUUCCUGGAGAAGAGGCCGGGGCGCUGGCUGGAUUGUCGGGGUGGACUAAGCCGCCCUGCUCCCGGCCAGCGCCCCCUGGAUCACCGCUUUGACAACGGCGUUUCUGGAGGAGUCCUAGCUGCUGUCGCUGCCGCCGCCGCAGCUGUCGCGGCCCCAGUCUCUUACUCCGGGUCGCGGCAGCCGCGGUCUCCAGCGCAGGUUUGGGGGACAAACGGAAGGCAAGGAGGCACCCUGGUGGAUGCGCUCCUCGCCGCCUCUAGGGCUGAGCUGCCCCGCGGGGAUGAGGCACCGGCGGUGAAGAUGGAGGUGACCUGCCUUCUAUUACUGACCCUGGUCCCUAUGUACUGCAAGGGACAAGGUGUCUACGCUCCAGCUCAGGCUCAGAUUGUCCACGCAGGCCAGGCAUGUGUAGUGAAAGAGGACAACAUCAGUGAACGUGUCUACACUAUUCGUGAGGGGGAUACCCUUGUUUUGCAGUGCCUUGUCACUGGGCACCCACGACCCCAGGUUCGGUGGACAAAGACAGCUGGGAGUGCCUCAGACAAGUUCCAGGAGACAUCAGUGUUUAAUGAGACCCUUCGAAUUGAGCGCAUUGCUCGAACCCAGGGCGGCCGCUACUACUGUAAAGCUGAGAAUGGGGUGGGGGUCCCUGCGAUCAAGUCCAUUCGAGUAGAUGUGCAGUAUCUGGAUGAACCAGUCUUGACAGUCCACCAGACAGUGAGUGAUGUUCGCGGUAGCUUCUACCAGGAGAAGACAGUAUUUCUUCGAUGCACCGUUAAUUCUAACCCUCCAGCCCGGUUCAUCUGGAAGCGGGGCUCCAGCACCCUGUCCCACAGCCAGGAUGAUGGGGUUGACAUCUAUGAACCUCUCUACACCCAGGGGGAGACCAAGGUUCUGAAGCUGAAGAAUCUGAGGCCCCAGGACUACGCCAGCUACACCUGCCAGGUGUCCGUUCGCAAUGUGUGUGGCAUUCCUGACAAGGCCAUCACCUUCCGUCUCACCAACACCACAGCACCUCCUGCCCUGAAGCUGUCGGUGAAUGAGACAUUGGUGGUGAACCCUGGGGAGAAUGUGACAGUGCACUGUUUCCUGACUGGGGGGGACCCCCAGCCGCAGGUGCUGUGGUCCCAUGGUCCAGGUGCCCUGCCUCUAGGCAGCAGGGCCCAGGGUGGCACCCUCACCAUUCCAUCUGUUCGAGCCCAGGACUCUGGCUACUACAACUGCACGGCUAUUAAUAAUGUGGGUAACCCAGCCAAGAAGACGGUCAACCUGCUGGUUCGGUCAAUGAGGAAUGCAACCUUCCAAAUCACUCCAGAUGUAAUCAAGGAGAGUGAGAGUAUUCAGCUGGGUCAGGACCUGAAACUCUCGUGCCACGUGGAUGCUGUGCCUCAGGAGAAGGUGUCAUACCAGUGGUACAAGAAUGGCAAGCUCGCCCGGGUAUCUGACCGAUUGUUGGUGACUCGCAAUGACCCUGAGCUGCCUGCUGUCACCAGCAGCUUGGAGCUCAUUGACUUGCGCUUCAGUGACUAUGGCACCUACCUCUGUGUCGCCUCCUUUCAGGGUGCACCUGUGCCAGACCUCAGUGUCGAGGUCAACAUCUCUUCUGAGACAGUGCCCCCCACAAUCAGCGUCCCCAAGGGCAGGUCGGUGGUGAUGGUUCGUGAGGGGUCCUCCGUGGAGCUACAGUGUGAAGUUCGGGGGAAGCCCAGGCCUCCUGUGCUAUGGUCCCGCGUGGACAAGGAGGCUGGUCUGCUGCCCUCUGGAGCUACCAUGGAGGAGACGCCAGACGGGAAGCUACGGGUGGAGCGAGUGAGCCGGGAGAUGAGUGGGACCUACCGCUGUCAGACUGCUCGGUACAAUGGCUUCAAUGUUAGGUCCCGGGAGGCACAGGUGCAGCUCAAUGUGCAGUUCCCUCCAGUGGUGGAACCGACCAGCCAGGACGUGCGCCAGGCCCUGGGCCGACCUGUACUGCUACGUUGCACCUUGCUUCGAGGUAGCCCCCUGCGCAUCGCCUCUGCCGUGUGGCGCUUCAAUGGGCACCUCCUGCCCACGCCGCCCGCUCCCCCCAACGAAGCCCCAGACCACGCGGAGCUGCGCCUUGACCCCCUCACCCGCGACAGCAGCGGCAGCUAUGAGUGCACCAUCUCCAACGACGUGGGCGCCGCCUCCUGCCUCUUCCAGGUUUCCGCCAAAGCCUACAGCCCGGAGUUUUACUACGACACCCCCAACCCCACCCGCAGCCACAAGCUGUCCAAGAACUACUCCUACGUGCUUCAGUGGACGCAGAAGGAGCCGGACGCCGUGGAUCCUGUCCUCAGCUACCGGCUGGACGUCCGCCAGCUAAGCCUUCGGACGUCUGUAACAAAGCCAAUCCCAGUUCGCCGAGUGGAGAAGGGGCAGUUGCUUGAAUACAUACUGACUGACCUGAAGGUGCCCCAUAGCUACGAGGUCCGCCUCACACCCAUCACCACCUUUGGGGCCGGAGACAUGGCUGCCCGCAUUAUCCGAUACAUGGAGCCAACCAACUCUCCAAACCUAUCAGAUAAUACCUGCCACUUUGAGGAUGAGAAGAUCUGUGGCUACACUCAGGACCGGGCAGACAAUUUUGACUGGACUCGGCAGAAUGCCCUCACUCAGAACCCCAAACGCUCCCCCAAUACUGGUCCACCCACUGACAUAAGUGGGACUCCAGAGGGUUAUUACAUGUUUAUUGAGACAUCCAGGCCCCGGGAGUUGGGGGACCGGGCGAGGCUUGUAAGCCCACUGUAUAACAUCAGUGCUAAACUCUACUGUGUCUCCUUCUUCUACCACAUGUAUGGAAAGCACAUUGGUUCACUCAAUCUUCUGGUUCGAUCCCGGAACAAGGGGGCACUGGAGACCCAUGCAUGGUCCUUGAGUGGUAAUAGAGGCAAUUCCUGGCAGCAGGCUCAUGUGCCCAUUAACCCCAGUGGGCCUUUCCAGAUUAUCUUUGAGGGAGUUCGAGGUUCAGGUUAUUUGGGGGAUAUUGCCAUUGAUGACGUCAGCCUGAAGAAGGGAGAGUGUCCUAGGAAGCAAGUGGAUCCCAAUAAAGUGGUGGUCAUGCCCGGCAGUGGUGCCCCCUGCCUGCCCGGCCCCUUACUCUCUGGGCCCCUCACCAUCUUCCUCCUGGCAAUGCUGAGAUGAUGAGCGCCAUCCGCUUCUCUCCUGCGCCCCUCCCCAGCCCCCCGGCACACCAAAGUGUCUACAUCGUACCAAAGACUGACCCCCUUCAGCCGGGGUGCCCAGGGGGACAGGGCCAUAGUGCCAUGGAGGGGGGCUUGUGGUGGCUGAACAAGGAAGGAGAGUGUGGGGGACGCCCGUCUCCGGAGGUCCUGGAGACACUGGUUUGACGCACACAUGCGUAUACACACAUACAUACACACUUACACACACACAUUAUAUAUAAAUAUACAUAUAUAUUAAAGCACAAGUUUCUAUCUGAGCUACCAGAACUUUCUUUAACAUGGAAACAUGGGGGACUUGCCCUAUUGUUGUUGGUUGGCACAGCACCGACCCCUGCCUGCUCACACAGCCAUCCCCAGGGACUUUGGUGGCAGGGCAGUUGGGCUGUGUUCCCCAGCGGCCUUUUGCAGUAUUUUCUUCCUCCUUUUCUCCUCCCAUUGCCCUGUGGGUCUCCCAGCUCUCCUUCUGCUACCUACUGCUCUCCCUAAAGGUUAAACAGCAGCUUGGCAGAAACAGGUAUGGCACAGAGGCAACUGCCUAACCUGGAGAGAAGCAAGUACCUGGGUCCUGCCUGGGUGUGCCUCAAUAUCCCCUCCCCAUGCCCUUGGGUGAGAGAGGAUUCAGUUGUAUUUGCUUUAUCUGGGGGACCUGGUUCCAGCAACUUUCAAUUUUCAAGGGUUAUGAGAGUAGCCUGGGGAAGAAGGGCUGGAGUGUAGAAAUAAACAAAUAACCCCAAAUCCCUCAUCUCAGCCUGGGCUCUCGGGCUCUUCCCAGAGUUACUCAACAAGGACUGGAGUUUCUCCUUUUUCUCCAUGUCCCAGAUCUGAAUAAUCCACAGAAUGCCUUGGUAAUCACCCAGUUAAGUGAGUUAGCUGCAUAGAUUCCCAACCUUGAUAUCAACCAGAAGAUGCUGAUUUUUCUUGCCCUCCCCUUUAAACACUUCCAUACAUAGUUCCCUGGACUAGCCUCCAUUUGGACUUUGGUGGAAUCUGAAAAGGGGUCAAAUGGGAUGGGAGUGGGAACAUGGAGAGAAUAAAUUGUGUAACAAAUAACUUUGAA